GUACCUCCUAAACACUGGCUGGAUUUAUCUGACUCGUCUUGUAACUGUGACAACGGGCAGCCUCUCCCCGCUUGGCUCGAUGGCAUAUGUAGGGAUUUUGCCAACACAGCCAUAUAUGUACACAGUCAUGUAUCCUUAACCUUUUUUCAACUGACUAUCUUAUUUGUUCAUUAAAUCGGCCUUUAUUCAUAUAAUGCGUAAUCCAAGAAUGUCACGACUUAAUUGACACGAGAAAACAGCAACUCCACAAAUCGCAAUGACUACAAUGAAUGACUAAAUUACUUCCGGACACUAAGGUUCCGCGGAGCUCCUCCUCACAAUUCUUUAUAUUAGCGACACCCAUUCAGUAGAUAUUUGAGCAUUUUUUAGUUAUCAUCUGUUCAUGUACCAGAUUGGAAUGCAACAUUUGUUUGCUCAAGUGGUGUCCACUGUCCGUCCAGUGCAUCAGGGGGAGUUUUAAUUGCUGGUGCAACCUAUAUAGUGGUCUGAUGCAUUGCCGAAACGUCCAGACUGGAACCAAACAAUGGACAGAGUAGGCUGCCCUGCACGGGUGUCACACCAGUCCUUGAGGGCAGCUGCAGUGUCUGUGGGUUUUCCUUUCUCCAUUGCACUUAACUGAUCAGCCAAUGUUAUUGAUUUGAGGCCAAUGUACACCAGUGAUGUACUAUAUUAGUUAAUGUGCAACAUCCUGAACGUUACAGAUAGAAAUGGAAUGAAAAUACUCUAGACGAUUCCCAUUUCUAGAUGAGACAAAAUGUAUACUGCAUAAAACAUUUGUAUCUGAGCAUACGGUAAUGUUGCAGCUGAACGGGGCCCUGUUCUAAAUUAGACACUGACUAAAAGGGAAAAAGGAAUACCUGAAUCGUGUUCAUUAGCGCGUACUGUAGAAAAACAUUUUAAAAUAGGAAACACAAACAAGCUUAUUGAACAACAUUUCACUCCGUUUCGGGUCACUGUCUUCCAUUGCCUGCCUACUGAACAUGAUCCAGCAGACACUGCGGCAGCCCUCCAGGUAUUGAGCCCAGCUGUACAGGCAUAAGCCCUGCAGGGUUUUAGUAUGGCUUCAGAGAAGAUGGAUGAUUGCAGUGGGACACUGGGGCUGAAUGUUUACGUCAAAGAGGAGGAGGAAGAGGUGCAGGUGGAGGAUUUCGCAAUGAAGGACAAGGAGGCAUUCACAGUGAAGGAGGAAGAGGAGGGGGAAGCUUUCACAGUGAAGGAAGAGGUGUUGACUUUCACAUUUAAAAAAGAAGAGGAAGAGGUUUCAACAGUGAAAGAAGAAGAGGACGAGGUUAUCACAGUGAAAAUUGAGGAGGGUGGAGGAGAGAGGCCUAGCCCCAGCACCGAGACUAAAUGGGGCUCAAAGAGUGGAAAAAGUUUGAUACAGGAACUGGACUGGCGAGCUCCUGUGGAGAAACCUCACUGCUGUUCCCAGUGUGGCAAAACAUUCUCAGAGUCCGGAAACCUGAAGCAGCACAUGCGGACGCACAGCGGCGAGAGACCUUACCACUGUUCCAAAUGCGGGAAACGCUUCAUACAAUUGGGACACUUCAACAGCCACCAGCGCACACACACGCAGGAGAAACCGUUCAGUUGCGGUGAGUGCGGGAAGAGUUUCUCUCAGAGAAUCAAUUUGAAGAAACACCAGCUCACACACUCCGGUGAGAGGCCUUUCCUGUGCUCUGACUGCGGGAAGAGUUUCUCUUCAUCUACCAACCUAAAAAGACACCAGAGCACGCACAGCAAUGAAAAGCCUUUCCAGUGCACCAACUGUGAGAAAAGUUUCACUCAUAUACACCACUUGACACGUCAUCAGACCGUACACACGGGGGAGAAACCUUACACUUGCUCUGACUGUGGGAGGAGUUUCUCCCUCCAGGGGACUUUAAAGAAACACCAGCGCACACACACCGGAGAGAAACCGUACCAGUGCUUGCUCUGCGGGAAGAAUUUCUCUCUUUCGGUGGCACUGAAGAGACACCAGCUCAUGCACACGGGAGAGAAACCGUACCAAUGCUCUCAGUGCGGGAAGAGUUUCACCCAAAAGGGACAGUUAACUCAACACCAGGGCACACAUGAACUAGAAAAGCCUUACCCCUGCUCCCAGUGUGGGAAAAGUUACUCCUCAGCCCCCUCGUUAAAAGCACAUCAGAGGACUCACAAAGAGUCAACUUCACUCGUAAUGACAGCACAUUUCAGAAAGUAAAUUAUUGAACUGGUUGUCUCUGAUUGGGAUUGAUAGCCUACAUUUGAAACUAUAGAUUGUGCCUUAAAUGCUUUGUCACGUUCAUGUUCAAACAAAACUCGUAGUCCCAAUUUCAUUUUCUCCCUGAAAUGUUCACUUGCACACUCCUUACAGAUUUAAAAGGAAUGGACUGGUUUGAAUUCAGUACCACAGAACGGUGAGCAACCUUGAAUUCAAUGGAAACGGCACUUAAAAACUUUGGGCCAAUUGCAACCAUCGAUGGCCACCAGAUUAUCGCCAGCUGAUCUUUAGUUAAACCAGUAAUUGGCACUAAAAUCACCUACACAGCUGAUCUCAAUUGCAACCAUUAUUGGACACCAAUUACCUCGCCCUAAAGUGGAUGUUGGGCUUUGCUCUUAGUUCUGCUUCUAAGACUAUGUUGCCCUCUUGGGUAUUAUCAGAACAAUUUAAUCCAGUUUUUUUUAGCAGAUUCAAGGUGAUUUUAAUCAAUUUGAUAAUCAUUCCAUACAUCUCAAAUAAAGUAUUUAAUUUCCUUUUUUUCCACAGCAAAUCUUCUAUUGCAGUGUAGCCUACCCUACACACUUUAUGAUUGGAGAAAUCAUGGUGUAGGGUAAAUUUAUUUCCAAUUUAUGUAAUCCAUAAAUGAUUUAACUUGUCUAAAUAAAAUAUGGCAUUUUUUUCCAUCAAGAGGUGAAGAACAUUUUUCUGAACUGUAGGAUACACAUUUGAAACUGUAUUGUAGGCAAUUUUUUUAUAAAAUUAUCUUGUAUUGUAUUUGGAAGUCGUUAUCUUAAUUUAAUUAAAGUGCUUCAUUUUAUAUUGAUAUUUAAAUUGUUAAUCAUGUGUUGCCACAGUCCAUAUCACUUUUAUUUACAAUACGGUAAUUAAGUUGGUCUUCAAUAACUUUAUUUUCUUAGAGUAGCCUCAAUGGAGGCAUAAUUUGGCUUAAAUGUGUUUUGACAGGCUACAUUUCCAGGCAAAUCUUUAUUUCAGUAUUAAUAUGUCAUUCUUCCAUUGAUCUAUUUCCUAUUUUCAUUUCGUUCUUCCUGAUAGGAUAUAUUACUUCAUUGGGACGGAAGUAGUGAACGCAGACAAUGACCAUUUUCGUUGUCUGGUAUCAUGCGGGUUUGACACUAACAACAUAUCAGUCGGUCUGUUAGUUUAUUUGGGUGUUCUUGUCAUUGCAAUCACUGUUAUUCUAUCUCAGAGCUCCGUGUAAUCUCCCAGAAGUAUUGUUUUAAGGAAACCAGGGUUAACACAGUGGUGAGUGCGAAGUUUGUUGCUUGUUUGUUGCAAUGAACACGUUGUGACUAUGGUGGCCCAGAGAGCAGAUCCCAUAUGGUUUGCUGCAUGAUUUUCCGAUGGUCACACCAAUAUUGAUCAGGCAACACCUAACCACACCCACCAAACGGGAGUAAACGUACCUCAAAGGUUGUUGAAGAAAGGUGCGCACUGUUUUGGGGCAACGUGUCGUUCAAUAGAAACCAUCACGCAACUUAGCAAACGUUGAAGGGAAAUGAAUGCACCCCUGGUGUUAUGCUGCGUUCGUUCGUAACCAAGUGGGAGGUGGGAAUUUCCCACUUUUACAGUCGUAAAUACCAGUUGGAUGCAUUCGCAUGUUUUGAACUCGUUAAGAAACGUUGCUUGGCUAAUGUCCAACAAGCUGGGUAAACCAUAAACUAACAGUACAGCUACCAUGCUUGUUAACAAAUUAGUGUUCAAAAACCAUAUUAGUAGAUGUCUUUUUAUAAAUUAUGUGUUGUUGCAUUUAAAGGUCCAAUGCAGAUGUUUUUAUCUAAAUAUUACAUUUCUGGUUAGCAAUUAAGUACCUUACUGUCUAAAAACAAAAAUAACUUCUUAGCAAAGAGCAAUUUCUCAAGCAAUGAAUGUUGCUAGGAGGAGAAAACUAGCUGUUAUUGGUAGAGAGGUUUGGAACUCUUUCUUAUUGGUCUAUUAACUAAUUUACCGCCUGUUGAUGUCACCAGGCAGGCCAAAACUCCAUCCCACCAAAACAGGCAAAUAUUUUAGGCUGUCUUUUCAAACAGCUCUUACACUAAAAUGGCAUAAUCACAAUUUUACAGUAUUAUUCCAACCUCAUAGUGUAGAAAUAUAUAUAAAACACAGGAAAGUCACGUUUUGCGCUGCCCAUGCUGUCAGUUUAGAACAAAUUCUUAUUUAGGGCCUAUGUUGGCAAAACCCGGACAACGCUCGGCCAAUUGUGCACCACCCUAUGGGACUCCCAAUCACGGCCAGUUGUGAUACAGCCUGGAUUCGAACCGGGGUGUCUGUAGUGACGCCUCUAGCACUGAGAUGCAGUGCCUUAGACCACUGCGCCACCCAGUUGCUACAAUAGCACAAAUACAAAGAUGAGUCCUCUAUAUAUCUAUGAUUUUCCCUAGUGGUAUGUGGUAAAUUCCCACCUGCCACUUGGUUACAAACUCAGCAUAAGGAAUGUGUUGGGAACUCCCUCAAGCCAGUGCAUACACCAAUCCAAUGGCACUAAGUCUUUGGGGGAGUGAACAAGUGCACAACUUGGGGGAGAAACUAAAUUGGGUGUGCACCCCUUCACUAAUCCCACUUCUCUGAUAUUGGACUGCACUAAGUAAGCAGACUGAAGUUCAAUGCUCACUGCAUGUAAUUGCUUAUUGAUGAUGCUAUACUGUAUUUUAUUCAUAUGAUCUUACUAAUAUGGUUGUAUAUAUUAUUUUUCCAGCUUUGUAAAACCAAGCAAAUUCCUGUCAACAUUGUUAUUGUAAAAUGUAAUCACCUCAACAGAUAGAUCAGAACUUGAAGCAACUUUGUCCAACAUACAAGUUAGGCAUUAUCGCACAAAUGAAUAAAUAUAUCAAUGUAAUCAGCACA